AGGCAACUGCGGGCUAGGGAGGAGGGCGGCGACUGGCAAGUGAGGAGCGGCGUGGGACCCAGACCCUCGUUCACUUUUUCCCUCCCGUGUGCCCCCUCCCACCCCUCCCACUCCACACACACCCUGUUUGCCCGUGAGCCUGGGGAACUUGCAGUUUAAAGCCAGCCACCCCCACGGCAACAUGUACCCCAGCAACAAGAAGAAAAAGGUGUGGAGAGAGGAGAAAGAACGUUUGCUGAAGAUGACCUUAGAGGAGCGUCGCAAAGAUUAUGUGAGGGAUUAUGUUCCUCUGAACACCAUCCUGCCAUGGAAGGAAGAGAUGAAGGGCAAGAGCCAAAAUGAUGAGGAAAAUCCUCAAGAAGAAUCACAGGAGAAGAAAAGUUUGAGUGAAAAAGUUUCUCUCUACAGAGGUGACAUCACAGUACUAGAGAUAGAUGCUAUAGUCAAUGCGGAUGUCAUCCAUACCGUAGGGCCAAUUGCUAGAGGCCAUAUUAAUAGUUCCCACAAGGAAGACCUUGCAAAUUGCUAUAAAUCAUCUCUGAAACUGGUAAAAGAAAAUAACAUCAGAUCAGUUGCAUUUCCUUGCAUCUCAACUGGCAUUUAUGGCUUCCCAAACGAGCCCGCUGCCCUCAUUGCUCUCGGCACCAUUAAGGAAUGGCUGUCCAAGAACCACCACCAGAGAUGUCAGAUAGACCUAGUCAUUGAGCCAAAGCUAGUAGGUUAUGCUUCCCAGUUUGUGGUCUGA